AUGACAUCCCUGUGCUCCAAGGUCCUUCUUGCGGCUGCCUGCUGCGCAAGCGCUUGGGCCUGCACCAACAAUGGCGAGUUCGACCAGAAUUCCUUCACAGCGUCCCUCUAUGGUGGCUCCUUCGGUGGCAUGGCGCUGGCCCUCAUCAUGGUGAUCCUGGCCUCCUUGCCGCUUUGCUGUGGAGUGUUGAAGCAGUACGGGAAGAUCAUUGCUGGCAUGGCCAUCGUGCUUGGUUUGGUCUCCUUGGCGCUUCCCCUCCUUGGCUCCAUGGGUGCCUGCGGGCCUUUCGUGGAUGCCAUUUGCAAUGAGCGCUGCAGCGGCUACGAGUGCUCAGCACAGGAGAGGGACGACAUGUCAUCCCUUUGCAACGCGCUGGGCUUCCUGGUGGUCUACAUCGGCGCCUUUGGCUGGGCCACCUGCGUCUUGGGCAUCGUGGCGGCCUCACUGGGCUGCUGCGUGUGCUGCGGCUGCUGCAAGGCCAACAUGAACGAGCCCGCGGCAAAGGGUGGGCCACCCGUCGUGGUGGGGGCUGUGCAGCAGGGGGCUUGA